AUGGCGGCGAUGUCACCAAAGUCUCCAGAAAGAGCUCUUCUGAGCAAGACUCAGCGCAUUGUCGCUCUUGGUGGCGAGCGAGCAGCCACCAAGCAGUUCUUCGAAGGAAAUCGCUGGGUCGGCGGAGAGGAAGCCGAGAUCGAUUCUGAUUUAGUCCGUCAGUGCGUGGAAUGCACGGAAGCCGGCAAAGUGACGGACCUGAAUUUCCAUUACAAGUUUUUGAGCAAAGUCCAGGGCCUCCAGGAUCAUGUCGCAAGCCUACGCAGUUUGGAUCUCUCCUCGAACAACAUCAGGGUCAUCGAGAACCUGGGGCCCAUGAUGAAGCUGCGCGAGUUGAAGCUGGACAGCUGUCAGAUUUCGCGCAUUCAAGGGUUGGAGAAAUGUCCCAGUCUCAUCUCUCUACACUUAGAGGACAACGAAAUCAGCUGCGUGGAAGGUCUUGAGAAGCUUUUCUGCCUGGAGAUUCUGAACCUGGAAAGGAACAGAUUGCAGAGGUUAGGCCGUGGAUUGAGCAAGCUGACAAAGCUGAAAGAGCUACGCUUGGGCCUGAACCAGCUGACGUCGCUGGAGGGUCUGCCUGGCCUUGGCGCUCUGGAGGUCCUGGAUGCCAGCCGCAAUCAGCUGACAUCAGUUGCAACGGAGGAGCUCAAAGGCUUGGGUAAGCUGGACGAGCUCAACCUUUCAGGCAAUGGGCUGUCCAACAUCAGCUUUCUGGGUCUUGGAGGCCCAGUCCGUCUAUCGUCUUUGGAUCUCUCCGACAACUCGCUGACGACAUCCUCUUUCAAAGGCCUUCCCUGUCUUCCACUACUUACGGAGUUCAUGUUGGCGGGGAAUCAACUGCAGGAAGUCCCAAGCAAUCUGGCAAACUGUUGCCCUGGCUUGGAGAUACUCGACAUGUCAAGAAACAGCCUUCUUUUCGUCACCGAGGUGGACAAGCUAAAGGCGAUUGCCACGUUACGUGAGCUGAGUGUGAAGGGCAACCCACUCGCGGACUGUGACGACUUCCCGAAGGCAGUGCGCUCUUUAGCUGGUCUUGAGUAUGUUGACAACAGGCAGCUGCAACCGCUGCAGAACUUGCUGGAGGACGGCGUUGAAAACGAGGAGAUGUUCGGCCUGACAAAGGUCGAGUCCGAGGAGAAGGCCCCAACUUCGCGCCCUGGCACUGCUUCUCGUCCUGGUACAGCUUCCCGCCCGGGCACAGCCUCACGACCGGGAACGGCAAGUGCUUUGAAAGAGGCCGGGGUGCAGCAACCCCUGAUGCACACUCCAGCAGUUCCCGUGCGGAAGUGCGCGAGUGAGGAGCAGGUGUCGCAGUGGGCGCAGCAGACCAUUGGGAGCCUUCAGGCCAUCGGCAAACAGGUUGAGAAGACAUCCUCGCAGGCAGAGCAAGACUUGAAGGAGAUGCAUCGGUAUGUUCAGAAAGCCAAGAAAGCCAAUCGACUCCAUGCGGAGUGGGAAGCCCGGCAAGACGAUGCCAUCCCAGAAGAGACAGAAGAGGCGAGCCCACCAACUCCGGACUGCCACCAGGCACCAACACCGCUGCGGCCAAGUUCUGGCAAUGCAAGCCGAAAGCUGCGAGAGGCGGUGGUGUUGUACCGGAACGAGGAUGGGGACGACCAGGUUGUCGAGGAGAGGCAGGAAGCGGUGCUGAGCCCUUCGAAGACACCGUCAGCUCUGCUGCUUGCAGCCUAUGAUGAGAUCGAAGAGAUCCAGGAGGUUGCCGAUGCAUCGGAUGCUGAUGCUGCGCCCAGCCCGGUCGCGGAAGAGCCGGCAGAGCCUUCGGAAGUAGAGGAGGCUCUGGAAGACGGCAUCAAAGGAGGUGGACAGGGACAGCCUAUGCCCGCCAAGCUGGGACGGCCUCCACCAGGUCGGCUUGCCGCCCUCGGCUCCUUCGAGUCUUCGUAG